AUGGACCAAAGAGAAUUCCAUUUUCAACAUUUGGGCAUCUGCCACAAGCUCUAUUAUUUUAUCACCAAAACUCUGGCUUCUCAAGCUUUGAAGACAGUGACUCUAGGGUGUUCUACACCUUACAAUUCAACCUCAACUGCAUCAAAAGGUUCUGAUUCUGAAGCAAACAAGGUGGUAAGAUCAGAGACACCAUGUAAUAAGGCUGAAGAUAAGGAUUCCGGGUGCAUGAAAAUUGAUGAGAAGGUUAGAGAAGAUGCAGCAAGAUUGGCAAAAAAGACAUCUCUAAGGAAAUCAGUAAGCAUAAAUGACAAUGUGGAAGAGAUUCUGCCAAAUAAAAAGAACAAAAGGAGGAGCAAGUCCUUCCAAAAAUCAAGUUCCCUAGAUCAAGAAGAAGAACCAAAACCUCUACGUUCAAUUCUGAAAGUGGAUUCCGAUCUUAAGGACAAAUUUAAUUCAAUUUGUUGA